AAUUCUACAAAACUUCCCGUCCUAAAACCUGAUGCCAUCCUAAUGACGGCUGAUUCCGUUGCCGUAUACGAUAAAAGCUAUGAUAAAUACAAAAAUGUAUUUAGAUUAGUAUGUCCUCAAGGUCAUCAGUAUUUAUUUCAAGCUGAAAAUGAAUCUGAGAUGAAUGAUUGGAUAUCAAAAAUUAAUUACGCAGCUACAUUUAAAACCGUUGGAUUAAAAAUUAGAAAUGUUAGGAGUGGUACUACUGGUGGCAUGUCAAGUUUUGGUUCGACAUUACAUAACAUUCCUGACGUUAAUGAAAAUGAAAAUGAUAUGGGUGCCGGUGUAGGUAAUGGAUCUGUGCCUAUUGAUAAAAAGAGAGAAGAAAAAGAUGUUAGUAAAAAACAAUCAGAAAGAGUUGCUAGAUUUGGAAAUUCUGGAAUUACCAGAAGAGACGCCAAAAAAGGUAGUGAUAAGUUUAGAACUUUGUUUAGGUUAAAAGAAGAUAAUGCUAAAGAUGCACAAGGACGAGCUAACUUGCUACGCAUCGAAGAACUUCAAGGAAAAAUUUCAACUUUAACUUCUCAACUCCAAAAUGAAGUUCGGCUUCGUAACAAUCUAUUUCUCAUGAUUCCUUAUAGAGCAUCAACGCGAGAUCGAAUAAUACAAAUUGCAAUUACAGUAGCAACCAAACUUCGACACACAUGUCUAGAAUUAUCUAGACUUGUAUGUUAUCAUGAAAUAUUGGAAAAAGAUUUAUGUGCUACAGUAAUGGAGGAUGAUAGACUUUGUGGUGAAAGCAGUUCAGAAGAUAAUAGUAAUUUAAUUGGAUCUAUAACGAGUGGUGAUGGUGUUUCAGCUAUGAUGUCGAUGAUGAAUACUGAAAAUAAGGAUCAAUCUAAAAAAUUGUUGGACAUAGAUGAUAUUAAAGAUAUAGCCGAUAUGACCAACAUAACUAAAACUUUUGGUUAUAAAGAAGGUGAUUCCACUACAACAGUUAUCAAAUCUUCAGAAUCACCAUCAAUAAUUAUCAGAACUGAAAAUAAUAACAUUAAUAAAGUUGAUGUGAAAGACAAAGGCAAGGAUGAAAGAAUUCAAACUGUACCAAUUUCAUUAUUACCAAAAAGUUCUACAUCUUCAUUAUCUUCUAUGCAAUAUUCAAGUAACGGUGGUGAUAGUUAUGGUGGAGGUUCAAGUCAAACUACUGUUUCCCAACAUGAUGAAGAAGAUUUUGUAUAUCAUCAUGAAGAUGCUUCAGAAUUUGACUUGAGAUUUGAAAGAGAUAAUACCUUGGAUGAUAGUAAAGUUGAUGAAAUAUUUACUUAUGUAAAUAAGGAUUUGCAAACAAUAGAUCCUAAAAUUCUAGAAGUUGUAUCCAUAGUGGAUAAUAGUCCAUCAGAUGUAUUUAAUAAUCUUAUCAGUGAAGAUGUGUCAUUACCAGUAGUGGAGACAAAUAUACAAAAAUCGGUUAUGACCAUAAUGACUCCCAUAAUUAUAGAUGAUGAUGAUGAGGUGGUGGUUAUUGAUGAUGAUGAUGAUGAUGAGGAGGAUGAUGAGGAAGAAGAGGAGGAAAUAUUUGUAGAUAGUUAUGAGUUUAGUGAUGAUGAUUCGGACGAUGAGUUUGUAGAUGCUGAGGAAUUUGUAGAUGCUGAGGAAUAUAUUGAUACCAAUUGGGAUUAG